GGUUGCAUGUAACCACAUCAUCCCACCUAAGGGCCCCUUCUUCCCUUUCCUCGUGUUUCUUUCUUUCUUUAUUUUCUGUUCUUCUAUCUAAUUUGCCAUUGAAGGAUCAACAUCAGAUUUCAAGCAAAACUUCCCCAGGUUUGAAAACCCUGAUCACCCAAUUCCCAUGUGAAAUUUCAAAUCAAAAUUAGAUCUUUCAAAUUUUCCCCCCUUCAAAACCAUGAAUUUACUUCAACCUUAAAAAACCCAAAAAAAAAAAAAAACCCAGACUCAGAAUUGAGAAGAGAGAGGAAAAAAAAGGGAGAAACUUCAUCUUAAUCUCCGGUCUCUGCAAACCCAUCAAGAAAAACCUAGAGAAAUCAAAACCCAGAAUUCGUUUUUUUUUCCAACAGAAAAAGAUAAAAAAAAAAGGAAAGGGAAAUGCCAAGCGUAGCUGUAAAAUUAUACAGUGUAUUCUUCAAGUUCCUCUUGAAGCACCGUUUGCAGAACCGGAUCCAAACACCUCUCGACGAAUCCUCCAAUCCAUACGGCGUCACCACCCGACCUGAGGAAUCCGUUUCCGCCCCCAACCCUUGUUUCACCGACGGCGUCGCCACCAAAGACAUCCACAUCGACCCUUUCACUUCCCUUACUAUUCGGAUCUUCCUCCCCGAAUCGUCCCUUUCCCCUCCCGAACAACCCGAGCCGAAAUCCAAGCCCAGAUCGUCCCAACAAGACGACCCAAAUUCCCUUAAUCACCGAAGAAAUAGUUAUGGCCCGCCUAAUAUCGGAGCCCCUAGAAAUGAUCCGAGAAGAAGCAGUUUUGAAGGGUUAAAUUUAAGAUCCGACAAUAAUGUUUAUCGAGGCUAUUCACCAUUACCUCAAAACUGUCGAAAAUUACCAAUAAUGUUACAGUUUCAUGGCGGUGGUUGGGUGAGUGGGAGCAAUGAUUCGGUUGCUAACGACUUUUUCUGUCGGAGGAUAGCGAAAUUGUGUGAUGUUAUAGUUGUGGCGGUUGGUUAUAGGUUGGCGCCGGAGAAUAGGUAUCCGGCUGCAUUCGAGGAUGGAUUGAAGGUGUUGAAUUGGUUAGGGAAGCAAGCGAAUUUAGCAGAGUGUAGUAAGUCGAUGGGGAGUGGGGCGCGUGGGGUUGGAGCUGAGUUUAAGAAGGCUGAAGUUCAGAGACAUAUUGUGGAUGCGUUUGGGGCUUCUAUGGUUGAGCCGUGGUUGGCGGCUCAUGGAGAUCCGUCAAGAUGUGUUCUACUUGGGGUGAGUUGUGGGGCAAACAUUGCAGAUUAUGUGGCUCGUAAAGCUGUUGAGGCAGGCAGGCUUCUGGACCCUGUCAAGGUUGUAGCACAGGUCCUAAUGUACCCAUUCUUCAUUGGAAAUGCUCCCACACGGUCUGAAAUAAAGUUGGCAAACUCCUACUUCUAUGACAAAGCAAUGUGCAUACUUGCCUGGAAACUCUUUCUUCCUGAGGAAGAGUUCAGCCUGGAUCACCCAGCUGCCAAUCCACUCAUCCCAGACAGGGGCCCACCUCUGAAGCUCAUGCCCCCAACACUGACAGUUGUAGCAGAACAUGACUGGAUGAGAGACCGAGCUAUUGCUUACUCAGAGGCACUUCGGAAGGUAAAUGUUGAUGCGCCUGUUCUUGAAUACAAGGAUGCAGUUCACGAAUUUGCAACCCUUGACAUUCUUCUAAAGACCCCUGAGGCACAGGCCUGUGCUGAGGACAUUGCCAUCUGGGUUAAGAAGUACAUCUCAUUUCGAGGACAUGAGUUCUCUUACUAAGUGGGAGGUUUCAAAUGUUGAAAAGAGACUUGUGGCUGAGCAUCACCCAGCAGCAACAUUUUCUGCUAUUCGGUUUAACAGAGAAUGGUGCAUGGUUGCUGUGCACAGGAUCGGGAUAAAAUAUUGCAUUUGUUCUUUCUUGCUAAUCCAGCAGCUGGCUUGUACUGCAGUUUCCAAGUUUAUCCCAUAUCCUGUUCUGUUCUUUUUGUAAGAUAGAGAACUUUUUAUGAUAGUAGAUUAGUGAGAUAUGAGAUGAGAUUACUUCUUUUGAGUGCUGCACACCACAUUGGGAUGUUGUCAGUAACAUUUUUUUUUCCUGUGAAUUAAAAUGUACUAUUUCUCGUGAAUAGAGUUUUAUUCAAUGGAGCACACUGCUUCUCUAUUUA